GAGGGGGAGCUGUUAUUCACACUGGACUAAAAUACCGUGUGUAGCUGUUGAACUGUCAAAAGAGCUUCGCGGGAUUGUGAAAUGUUGCCCUUGCAGUUGGCCAAACUGGGAAAACUCCAGUGCAUCCACCCAAGUUUCAUUUUUGUCUUCAUGUUGUGCAUAAUGACUUCGAGAACUCAGUUGGCUGAGAGCGCUUUGAAGUUAAUGACGAAAUAUCCGCUGAUUGAUGGGCAUAAUGAUCUUGCCUUACAACUGAGGAUUCUUCAGAACAACAGACUUCGCCUAGUUGACCUGCAUAGUAUCAGCAAUGUUGCCACAGACAUCAAUCGCCUGAGAGCUGGUCAUGUUGGAGGGCAGGUGUUCGCGGCCUACGUGAUGUGCACGGCGCAGGACAAGGAUGCAGUCAGACUCACGCUGGAGCAGAUCGAUGUCAUUCGCCGCAUGUGCAGCGAGUACCCGGAGUUUGAGCUGGUCACGUCGGCGGAAGCCUUGAGGACCUCUGAGAAGAUUGCGUGCCUGAUCAGCAUAGAGGGAGGCCACGCCAUUGACAGCAGCCUGGCGGCCCUGCGCAUGUUUUACCAGCUGGGCGUGCGCUCCAUGGCCCUCACGCACACCUGCAACACACCCUGGGCAGAAUCCUCUUCAAAACUUUAUCAGUUUUAUUCAAGGGAAAACAACAGCCUGACAGAAUUUGGUGAGGCGGUGGUGGCGGAAAUGAAUCGGCUGGGGAUGAUGAUUGACCUGUCCCACAGCUCCUGGGACACCGCCAAGGCUGUGCUGGAGAUCUCCAGGGCCCCCGUCAUCUUCAGUCACUCCUCCGCCUUCGCCGUGUGCGGUCACGAACGAAACGUCCCAGACGAGCUGCUGCGUGUGCUGAAAGAAAACAAAGGGCUUGUUAUGGUGAACUUGCACAGUGGGUUUGUGGCUUGUGGUGGCAAAGGAAACAUCUCUAUUGCAGCUGACCAUUUCGAUCAUAUAAAGAAUGUGACCGGAGCUGAGUCCAUAGGAAUAGGUGCCGAUUUUGACGGAGCCAGCAAGUUUCCUUACGGGUUGGAAGAUGUGUCAAAGUAUCCGGCCUUGAUCCAGGAACUUGUGCACAGGAACUGGACCGAAGAGGAGCUGGCUGGUCUCCUCCGACUCAACUUUCUCAGGGUGUUCCAGCAAGUGGAGCAGGUUCGUGAUGAACUGGUAGACGCCCUUCCCGGGGAAGAAGAGAUCCCGUUCUCGGAGGCGGCAAAUCCGUGUCGACUGGUUCUGAGGCCAACAAAAAGAUCUGCUCGCGCUGACAGUUCUGCUUCUUCGCAGACCAGUGAAGUAGUCCAUAGUAGUCUUCUUCUGUCUGCCAUGUGUGUCAUACUCCUUCAACAGUCUGCUCUUAUAUAGUGCGCUACUGUUUAUUAUGAACCUUUAAUUUUCCGUUUUCCGAUUUUCAGAAUUUGACUUGAGUUUGAAGUCAUAUCUCCACAUUAUUUCAUCCAGGGCAUUUGCUAAGAAGAUAAAAUAGCCUGUGUGCAAUUAACUGUGCUCUAGUGAAGAACUUAAAAAUAAUAAGAAUUAUAAUAAUUUUUAACUUAGUGUGAGAUCAGCUUGAGACUAAGUCUUCCUUUAAAUUUCUCUGCUGUCUCCUACAAAGUGAACAUCUCAUGUUCGUUUAUCUGAUGAGUAUUGUACAAGAUUAACUUGUACAAUAAUAUGUACUGUAUUCAGAAUUCUGCACAUUUAAUAAUAAAUAAAUAAAUAAAUAAAUAAAUAAAUAAAUUUUAAAAAAUGCUUAGAGUUUUUUAGAAUGUAUCCAGCCAUGGUACCUUUAAAGAACUGUGUUAUUUCCACAACUUUCAGACAUGUUUUCCUGGAUCAAGGUCUAGGAAUAUAUUUUUUAUCAGUCUUAUCUUUUGUGGCACAAUUUCAUUUAUGAAAGAAACAUUUCCCCCCCCGCGCUCCCACAAUAUCUUGUUAAAAUAAAAUAGCCUCAUAUUUAUGUAACAUUGGUUUUAAA